AUCUGAACAGUACGAGAUUCUGCGUGAUGCUACACAUAGGGUUCUUAUUUCCGUCAUAAUCACGGCUAUUUAGAUCCUGCAAAAAAAUAAAAGUAUCAGGUAAAUUAGCGCGUGUAGAUCUAAUUCAUGUCUUUACAAAUGUCUCGGAAAGAAUCGGUGUAUUUGGAUUAUCAAAUCACGUGAAAUUUAACGGGCCUCAUAACAGCGAGGCAUAAGUGGUACACUGUACACAAUAAUGGUGAUAUUAACGGAAGAAAUUCCAUUCAUAUGGUUCGUUCUAAUGACGACAUCGUUAUCAGCAGUCUGGACCGAGGCUAUAAGCAACGAGCAGCAGAAGCAGCAGCAACAAUCCCAGUCGGACCGCCUAGAGAACGUGACCCAAACGAUCUCCAGACUGUUGCAAGGGUACGACAUUCGGCUGAGACCGAACUUCGGAGGCGAUCCUUUAUACGUGGGUAUGGACUUGACAAUUGCGAGUUUUGAUUCCAUCUCUGAAGUUAAUAUGGAUUAUACCAUCACGAUGUACCUGAACCAAUACUGGAAAGAUGAGCGACUGGCGUUCAGCACAGAUGAUGAAAUUUUGACACUCUCUGGAGAUUUUGCUGAGAAGAUUUGGGUCCCUGACACAUUCUUUGCCAAUGACAAGAACAGUUUUCUGCAUGAUGUUACGGAGAGAAAUAAACUCGUACGUUUGAAUGGUGAUGGAAGUAUCACAUAUGGCAUGAGAUUCACCACAACACUGGCUUGUAUGAUGGACCUUCAUUACUAUCCUCUUGAUUCACAAAACUGCACUGUCGAAAUUGAAAGCUAUGGCUACACGGUAUCAGAUGUGGUUAUGUACUGGAAAGACACGCCAGUUCGUGGGGUUGAUGAAGCAGAGUUGCCACAAUUCACCAUCAUUGGCUGUGAAACCAAUGAUCGAAAAGAGAAGCUUGCCACUGGCAACUACCAGCGACUCUCGCUUUCCUUUAAGCUGCAACGCAACAUUGGUUAUUUUGUAUUUCAAACAUAUCUCCCAUCAAUACUUAUCGUCAUGUUAUCAUGGGUUUCCUUCUGGAUCAACCACGAAGCAACCAGCGCCCGUGUUGCACUAGGAAUUACGACUGUCCUCACAAUGACCACAAUUAGCACAGGUGUUCGCAGCUCCCUCCCUCGUAUCUCCUACGUGAAGGCUAUUGACAUCUAUUUAGUGAUGUGCUUCGUCUUUGUCUUUGCGGCUCUACUCGAAUAUGCAGCUGUAAAUUAUACUUACUGGGGAGCUCGUGCUAAAAAGAAAUCCAAGAAAACUAAAGAGGCAGAGGAUAAGAUAACUGUACAAGCACCAGCCGGAUCGGUGUCUGACCAGCAGCAGCAGCAGGAAAUCAUCGAACUGCAGGACCUGCGAAUGUCCCCCAUCCCGUCCAUCCGCAACCGACACAAUAGUCGCAAUUACUCCUCAUCGUCGGCCGAAGGUCUUGACCCUGCCAAGUUUCCACCAAGUUUCCGUAUGAAUCGUGCUGCUGGUGGCUAUUCCUUCCCUGUACGGUCUGCAGGCGGCUUGCGUUUCCGGGGAUCAAGAAGUCACCUUCCUCAACACAGCAAACCCAAAGUUUUCCACGCGCUGAAAAGAGGAGCAACUGCUAUCAGAGCUUCAAUGCCAAAGAUUAAAGAUGUAAAUGUCAUAGACAAAUAUUCACGUAUCAUAUUCCCGUUUUCAUUCAUGCUGUUCAACGCCGCAUACUGGAUUUUCUAUGUACUUCCUUCUGCACAUGGUCCAAAGUGAAGCCGAGGGCUGAACACGGUCCUGGUGGGGUAUGUGAACUGUUAAAAGAAUACACACACUUUAACUAAGUACAGUGUUGGGAACACAAGACCAAUACUGGUCUGAAGUGUUACUGUAUCCACUCACAGUCAUCCUAACAACGUCAAGAGCAAGGAAAACAAAUGAAAAUUAGGAAAUGUGUAAUUAUAACUUUGUAAGAAUUAUAGUGUUUUAAGAGGUCUGGAUAUUUUGUUGUCUGUUACACCUCAGUCUAAUAGAUGGCUUGUCAAUGUCUGUAAUCCACUAAAGUUGAAUGAUUAUAUAUGCAGGCAUGAACACACAAAGAACAACUAAAACAUUAAGAUGCCUACUUCACCCUAAAUGAACAUAAUUUGAUUGUGGCAUGUCCUCCACACCAGAUGUAAUAGUCAUACUGUCAUGACUCAAGUUUCUUGAAUUAUCUAGUGGUAUUUCCUUCAUACUGGAUGCAAUGCUUAUCUAACCAUGACUUGAUCAUUCAAAUCUCAUUGCUGAUGAGUUUGAUUACAGUAGCACUAUACUGUGCACUCCAACGCUUAUACCUACAUUUUUAUAACUGAAUUACUGACCAGAUUUAAAACUAGUGGAAUAGGUUAAGAGUAGAUACUUUAAAAUUAUUAAGUGCCACUACAUGAAGUUUUAGAAUGACAGAACCAUUGGAAGCAUACAGAUAAAUAAAGGUAAAUUAAAUUCUGAAUGGAGGGUGUUAAAACCUGUCAUCUAAGGGUUCUCAGAUGACUAUGAUACUUCAUAAUCAAAGAUAUAACUCUGUAAAACAGCAAUUUAUAAAAAUGAUCAGCUGUUGCUCUAUCCCUUCCUUGGGUUUAUUAUAGGUUAAAAAGUUGAACAAAGUUUGAAACAAGAAUUGAAACAGCAGCUUUAACCUACUUUAUAUUCAUAGAUUCUUCAUAAGAGAUAAAAUGGUUAUUUUGCCAAUACAAAAGUGAUACAGAAGCUUAUCACAAAGUCACUGCAAAAUUUCUUGUUCAGUUGAUAUAAUGACUUCACAUAUUCUAUGUUGAAUGUCAUCAAGCACAGUUAACACAGGUGUGGUAUAGACAUAAUCUUUUACAUACUCCAUAGGAAGUACAACUGGAAAUCUAGGAGGUCAUGAUCAUAUUUAUAUCCCAUCUGAAGAGCCUCUAGUGAUGAUUCCUCAAACUUAAUAACCUGUCCAUUAAGAAAAAAAGAACACCAUCUACUCUCAUACAGAAAUGAGUUUCUUUGACAUACUCGUACAUUUUUAAAUAUUUGUGCUUUUUAUUUUUUUUGCAAUGUAUUGUAAUGAUUACACACUCACUC